GGAUGUAGGCCGGCUAUAAACAAGUGCUCAUCGUGCGUCCGUCAGUUCACACAGAAAGUUCCUCUUCGUUUGUUUCUUCAUUUAACGUCACACCGGUCAAGAGCAACAGAUUCAAUAUGUUGAGAGAAAUUUUGCUCCUAGUCGUGGGAGCUGUCCUGAUAACUGCACAGAGGAGACUGGCUUUACCUGAUCCUAGAAGCUGUGCAAAUCGUGUUCGCCAUGCUACAUACAGAGACGCUCGAGGUGUGGCCCAUUCCUAUUUCUUCAGCUGGGAGCAUCCGCCAACAAGAAACUUAGAGGUUGACUGGUUAGACGCCCGUAACAUUUGCAGAAGACAUUGUAUGGACGCUGUUUCCUUGGAAACUCCCCAAGAAAAUGAAUUCAUAAAACAGAGAAUUGCGCGCGGCGGUGUGAGAUACAUCUGGACAUCCGGUCGCAAGUGCAACUUUGCCGGAUGUGAUCGUCCCGAUCUGCAACCUGCCAAUGUUUUCGGAUGGUUCUGGUCCGGUUCCGGAGUCAAAAUUGGUCCCACCAGCCAGAGAAACACCGGCGAUUGGAGUCAUACCGGAGGAUUUGGACAAGCACAGCCCGAUAACAGAGAGGCUGCACAAGGUAAUGAUGAAUCCUGCCUUGCAAUUUUAAACAAUUUCUAUAAUGACGGUCUUAAAUGGCACGACGUCGCUUGCCAUCACGUUAAACCAUUCGUUUGCGAAGAUAGCGAAGAACUCCUUAAUUUCGUCGCUUCUCGCAACCCUGCUCUUCGUCUGUAAUAAAAUUUUCUUAACUGUUUUGCUUAAUUACCGUUUACAACGUUCGACAGUAAGAGAAAUUAGUACAACAACUAAAUUAUUCGUUAUUAAAUUACAUUGUACAAAGUGUAUAAAAUAAUUUCCGACGAACGCUAAUUUGUUAAAUUAUUAUUUUCUUCUCCAAUCAUUUUUUUGUUAAUUAAAGACUAAAAGAUGUCGAUGCCUUUAAGCAGACUAUUCAUCCAAGUACACAUAUAGUACAUAAUAUUUAACAAAGUAUUUAUUUAGGUAAUUAAAUUCACAGAUGCAAUUUUAUUCAUACCAAAAGCUCUUAAUUACCACUUCUGUCUUACAUUUAUCUGCUCUUGUAUAUUAUUUCCUUCCUUAAUUUAAAGAUAAGUUUUGUAUUUGUAAAAUUAAAUUAUGUUAA